AUGGGUCUUUUACCCAUCCUCCUCUCGCUACUAGUGCCCGCACUCUUGGCUACCGUCUUUCUCCCCAAGACCCUGCGCUUUGCUGCGGAACUAGUGGGACAACACUUGCGUCGAUCUUCCCGUACACGACGAGAGCUGUUACUCGCCAGGGUAGCCAGCGAGACCAAGACAUUUGAGGCGCAGCAGAAGAACAAGAAGACAGAGGAUGAAGACUGGGAACAAGUUGGAAACACACCUCCUAGUGGUACGGUGAAGCAUGGCCAGGCUGACAGUGAAUGGCAUGGUAUUGUCGGCUUCUUCCACCCUUUCUGCAACGCAGGAGGCGGUGGUGAGCGAGUCCUAUGGGCUGCGAUCCGAGCACACCAAAAGCGUUGGCCAAAGGCUACCUGCAUAGUCUACACCGGUGACCAUGAUGUCGACAAAGCUGCCAUUCUCAAACGUGUCAAAGAUCGUUUCAACAUCCAGCUACACCCGCCGACCGUCCACUUUCUCUACCUCACAACCCGCGACUGGGUACUCGCAAGCACAUGGCCGCGUUUUACACUACUGGGCCAAUCUCUCGGCUCCCUCGUCCUUGCCUACGAUGCCUUCAGCCUCCUUGUACCGGAUAUCUUCAUAGAUACCAUGGGUUACGCCUUCGCUCUUGGCCUGUCGUCCUUCCUCUUCCCAACCGUACCCACCGGUGCAUACGUACACUACCCGACCAUUUCCACAGAUAUGCUCGAUUCGCUACAAGUUGGAGGUCAAGGUAUAAAUGCAGGAACAGGCACAGGAUAUCGGGGUAUGGUGAAGAAAAAGUACUGGCAGCUCUUUGCAAAGCUAUACAGCAAACUCGGUAGUACCAUUGAUGUGGUAAUGACAAACUCCACAUGGACGCAAAGCCACAUCAAAACUCUCUGGGAGCCAUAUCGUAUCAAAAGGAGCAAGUCAAUCGACAUCGACGUCGUCUUUCCGCCUGUAGCUGUUGAAGAAGUCAUAGAAGCCGUCCCAGUCUCCGAGUCCAGCGAGAAGAAUCGUGGCCCUUACCUCCUCUACAUCGCGCAGUUCCGACCGGAAAAGAAUCACAGACUUAUUCUUGAGGCCUUCGCAUCAUUCCUACAUUCCACACCUGAACUUCCAGCAUACCCCAACCAUACCCCGAAGCUCGUCCUGAUUGGCUCAGUACGAAACUCUCACGACGAUGCGAAGCGUGUCUACGAGCUGAGGUUGCUAGCGCAUGAGUUACACAUCAAGGAGAAUGUGGAGUUCAUAUGCGACGCGCCGUGGCCGCAAAUGCUCGAGUGGAUGCGCAAAGCUAGUGUAGGAGUGAACGCCAUGUGGAACGAACAUUUCGGUAUUGGUGUGGUGGAGUAUCAAGCUGCUGGUAUGAUCUCUGUGGUCAACAACUCUGGUGGGCCUAAGCUAGACAUUGUGAUUGAGGUCGAUGGAAAACCCACUGGUUUCCAUGCCACCACUGCAGAGCAAUAUGCCGACGGCUUCCGCAAGGCCCUUACUCUUUCACCCGAAGACACACUCGACAUGCGACAACGGGCUCGAAGGUCAUCUGAGCGUUUUACUGACCAAAUGUUUGUGGACAAGUGGCUGACUAAUGCCGAGAAGCUUGUUGCUCUGCAAAUCAAGCGGGCGUCGAGAUGA